GACCCAGUCGGUCGCGGGGCCUCAGACUCUCUGGAGUCGCGGUCAUGGCCCGCCGAGCCCGCGGGUCCGCGCGCGCGCUGCUCGCCGCCCUGCUGGCGCCCGUGCUGGUGGCGCUGCUCGUGGCGCCGGCGCGGGGCCGGGACGGCCGGGAUCACGGGGACUGGGCCGCCGCCGAGCUGCUGCCACCGCUGCCGCCCCGCGAGGACGCGGCGCGCGUGGCCCGCUUCGUGACGCACGUCUGCGACUGGGGCGCACUGGCCACCCUGUCCACGGACCCGGCGGUGCGCGGCUGGGCCUUCGCCGACGUCCUGUCGCUCAGCGACGGGCCCCCGGGCGCGGGCAGCGGCGUGCCCUACUUCUACCUGAGCCCGCUGCAGCAGUCGGUGGGCAACCUGCAGGAGAAUCCACAUGCUACGCUGACCAUGUCUUUGGCACAGACUAACUUCUGCAGGAAGCAGGGAUUUGAUCCCCAAAGUCCCCUCUGUGCUCACAUAAUACUGUCGGGAACUGUUACCAAGGUGAACCAAACGGAAACGGGUUUUGCCAAGCAUUCCCUGUUUGUCCGGCAUCCUGAGAUGAAAACCUGGCCGUCCAGCCAUAAUUGGUUCUUUGCCAAGUUGAACAUAACCAACAUCUGGGUCCUGGACUACUUUGGUGGACCAAAAAUAGUGACACCUGAAGAAUAUUAUAAUGUCACAUUUCAGUGAAGCAGAAUAUGGCAUCGUUACCACCACCCUGGAGGCUGCUUAGGAUGGCUCAUGCAGACCCGAAGGGCUUAGUAUCUCUCUGUAGAAUAUUUCCCAGAUCGGCUUGUUGGCUUUGCUUGCUUGCUUGUUUACAAAAUAGAGUCGCACUAUUCCUGGAUUUCUUGGAA